UUGUUAUUCAUAGCGCGCUUAUUUGCGGAUUUGGUCAAAAGUGCGUAGUAUCGUUCUGUAAUUGUCUGUGUUUCUGUGACGGUAUUAAAUACGCCACUUUAUACAUAGGUUAACUACAGUAUCUACUAUAAUAAUACUGAUCUCAAGUAGACUGCUUAAUCGAAUAUUUUGUCAAAAUUUAUAAUAAAUUGAUUAACAUAUGUAAUUUACUAUCAUACCGGGAUUGGGCUAUUUGUUAAUAUGGAAUCGAUACAUUAUCCAUACACCAGCUAACAAGCUAGGACUAUAGAAUUGUUAAGUAAAACCAGGAUUGAUCAUUUUUCAUCAAACAUGCAACUAUCUUCGGUGUUCCGGAAAUGGAAACGAUCUUUUUCCCCUCCGCCGUUAUCCGAUGGAAUGCUCAAAGACAACGCCUCCCUAGCAUCCAGUGUGGCCAGAAACUAUCGGGACUCUAUUUCGCCGGAAAAGGGCAUCGCCAUCCAUGGCUUCCAACCGGCAUCGGCAACCGGUAGAAAGCGCUGGAGCAACGAUGUCAGCACCUCAUCCACCGCCAAUUCCUCGUUGGACAGCAGCAUCGGUGAAUCCCGAAUAGUCACGGGGUUUUUUCAGGCAAUUUCUGCUGGAAAUCGGGAUAUAGUCAAACGUUUAAUGCAUGACAAUGUCGAUUUGGUCCACGCAAGAAACGGCCACGGUCAAACUGCUAUCCAUGUUGCUGUGAUGGAUGGAAAAUUCUCACUUGUCCAAGAUCUCAUAGAGAGCGGCGCAGAUACUGACGCAGCUGAUGGCGACGGAAAUACGGCGCUUCAUCUGGCAGCACUUAAAAACUGUGGCAAAACUGUUGCCGCUUUAUUGGCCUUACAGGCAAAUCCCAAAGUAAAGAACGGGAAACAGGAUACCCCCCUGCAUGUUGCUGUCCGUGGACGGUGUACGGAUGCGCUUGCCAAAUUGCUGGAUAUCUCCACCGUGGACGUCAACACUCCCGGUUUUAACGGCGAGACACCGGUACAAAUAGCCGGCAGCCUGAACCAGAUGGGCAUGCUGGACAUGCUCAUCCGACGCCGCGCCGAUAUCCUGCAUGGCAACGACCAAGGUCUGACCGUCGUCCAUCUGGCCGCCUCUAAAGGCGCUAACCAGGCACUGCGGUACCUGCUGGAAGACGACAACACCGGCUACCCGGUAUCGCAGUUGGUCAGCCUGGAGGACGACGAAAAGGGCACACCACUGCAUGCCGCGGUGUACGGCGGCAAUGUGGAGGGAGCGGAAGUGCUGUUGUCGUUUAAGGCGGCGGUGCUGGCGCAGACGGUAGACGGUACGACACCGCUGCAUUUGGCGUGCACGCAGGGAUCGGUGGAAAUUGUACAACUGAUCUGCGAGUAUGCCGGUGAGGAGAAUGAACUGGAAGAGGCGCUGUCUAAGCGAGAUAACCACGGUUUGACGCCACUGCACAGGGCGGCAAUUUAUAACCACUCUGAUUUGAUCGACAUCUUAAUUCAAGCAGGAGCGCCGGUGGAUGCACAGGAUAAAGCCGGCAACACCCCGCUCAUCAGUGCGGCAUCGCAGGCGGCCGAGGAUUGUAUCUCUGAGCUGCUGUUCCACGGCGCCGACAUGUCGGUCCAGAACAAGGACGAACGCAAUUUCCUGCAUUAUGUUAUCAUCAGCGGGGCCGAUCAGCAUACUAUAUCUAAAGAAAUCAACGACAACGAAAUUUUCAUGAAACUGCUGAAUGAAAAAGACAAAAACGGCUAUACACCGUUGCAUUAUGCCGCGGAAGGCGGUCUGGGCGCGGCCAGUGAAGAGCUGAUUAAAAUGGGCGCGGAGGGUGCUAUUAAGGAUGGCCAGUCGCGAUCGCCACUCCAUGUCGCUGCGGCGUUUGGAAAAUACAACACGGCGAAAAAACUGCUGGAAUCUCCGCAAGGACUGAACACUAUCAACGCAUACGAUCGGCAAGGAAAUACACCACUGCAUCUUGCCGCCGCGGAAGGUCAUAGUCGGAUUGUGCAACUUCUGUUGACCAAUGGAGCUUUGAUUCAUAAGAAUUUUUCGGGAAAAACGGCGCUUCACCUUGCGGCUAUGCAAAACAGCCGUGAAUCCUGUGCGCUGCUCCUGAAAAGUUACGGCUAUCUGGCACAAAUCAAAGACCGGGAUGGUAAUUCGGCAUUACACGAUGCGGCGGAGCGCGAUGCCGGCGAUUGCGUGGAUUUCCUUCUGACAUCAGGAGCGGAAAUUACGCCCAAUAAAGCCGGAGCACUACCGCUGGAUUUGGCGAUUUAUAACAAGAACGAAAUCUCCGUCGCCGCUAUGAUGGAUCAUCCGCGUUGGGAAGAGCUUCUGGCAUACCCGUCCAAAUUCUACAAAUGGCCAAUUUUGGGGCUGAUUAAAAAGCUGCCGGAAGUCGUCGAGAACUUGCUCGAUCGGUGCCAGUAUUCAUCCCAGUGUCAUCCUUUAUCGCCAGACUACUGUAUUGUAUAUGACUUUCGUAUUCUGGAGCCCGAUAACGCUCCCACUCAGCCCGGUGACGCAACCGACAAAGCUAAAAGCAUGGAAGCAAUGAAUUGUAUUGUCAAGUACGAACGACUGGAUCUGCUAAGCCAUCCCGUGUGCAAGCACUAUCUAGACACCAAAUGGACAUCAUACGGGAUUUAUUUCCAUUUCGUCAACCUGUUGCUGUACAUCGUGUUCUUGGCUCUGUUGACCUUUCUCUUACUACGCGGCGUUGAGAAAGAGUUAAAGCCGCAUAUGACACGCCUCAGCCAGGAGAAUAUUUGGAAGUACAAACCCGAAUUCAAUCAAACGCACUUCGGUCCCGUCCUCUCACGUACGACUUUAAUCAGUGGAUUCAAAUAUUUCUUCCGAUUGGUAAAUUACAUGGAGGUGGCGCUGUACAUUUCGGCGCUCUGCUUCGCUAUUGGCCUGUUCGACACGGCGGAUGCGUUGAUUCCCUGGCGCGUACAGUGGAUUCUCGGCGCUAUAGCGGCGUUCUUCUCGUGGAUAAAUCUCAUUGUACACUUUCAGCGUUACGGUAAACUGGGCGUGUAUGUCAAUAUCUUCUUCCGUGGGAUGCGAGUGUAUUUCCGGGCGAUAUGCGUGUACUUUAUUAUGGUAGUCGCCUUCAGUAUUGCGUUCUGUGUACUGAAUCCGGAGAAGAUCGUUCCUGAUAAAGCUGCAUUCUAUCAAGUUGAUCAUAAGGAUGACGAUCAGAACGAUUACCAGACUGCCAGUGUGGAUCUGGAGUCAUCAAUCCUCCGCGUUUCCGAUAUGCUGGUUGGAGACGUCGAUGCCAUUCAGAAUUAUAUCAGCCCGUUAUUAAACGACAUGCUGGUUUUCCCGGCAGCGACAUACUUUUUGGCGUUGGUGACUAUUGGCAUGGUUACGCUGCUCAUUCAAGCCAUUUUGAUGAAUAUUGUGGUUCAGAAUCUGCAAGAGGUGGAGCGCAAUGCUUCCCUGAACAUGUUGACCAUGCUGGUAAAGCUGCAUACCAAUCUCGAGGAGAAACUACCCAAAUGGUUUCUUCGGCGGGUUACGAAGCAGCAAGUGCGCGUUUUUCCCAACGCUUCCGGAUGUCAACGGCUACAACAGUGGCUGAAGAAGUUGUCGGUGGGCGGACUGGAUGACCUUCAGCAAAACGGGGGAGGCAUUGCGCCCGGCGAGGAUACCGCUGAACGAUCCAUUAACUCAACAUUGUUGGUACAAAACAUCCAUGGCCAACGAUCCAGGUUGCGAAAUUUAAAUGGGCGAAUGGAUCAGCAUCGGGAGCUGCUGCAGAAUAUUGUGCAGCGGAUGGAAAUCAACAUGGAAGCGGAUGUUCUGGAUGACCCUUUUAGCGCACAGCGCCGGAUCUCCCGCUACGCUGUCCCCAAACAACCGCGACCGCGAAUGCUGUGGAAUCGCGUAAAGAAUGCUCACAGAAUCAAAGCCGCCUUAAAGAAAAAGCUCACGGAUAAAACCGACAAGGAAAGCAUUAUGCGGGACAGCGAAGGCAGCGAGAUCGACUAAACUUACGCGAUGAAUAUGUGCAGUCUACUGAAUAACGGAACCGUCAUACUUUGCAUUUCAACUGAUUGAAUCGUAAUAAUUAAUUUUCUGUGGUGAAUAUAUCUAAGGCUGCUUAGAUUUUCUUUGUAUUGUGCUAAAUAGUAAGUUACCCACUGCAGACUUAAUAAUAAUAACAAUUAUGUAGUUGGUAUGGUUGGCACAGU